AUGAACUCCCUCGAGGUCCUCGAACAACUGUUGGAGCACAGAGAGACUGUUUUGAAGCUUCCGACACCCAUGCCACUCUAUGCGGUCGCAGUAUUGCCGGCAAAAUUAUCCUCUGCAACAAGGGGGAUUGAGGCAUCCUGGGGACCAAAGGUGAAUUUCCAGCAUUGCAUAUACAGAGAGGACUGCACAGAACCGGCGUCAAGCUAUAUAAUCAAAAGCCAGUCUGCCGGCACCCGGACCAUUGUCAACUAUAAUGAGCUCCCAGAAAUGAGCACUGAGGAGUUUAUCCAAAUAGCAGACAGUAUGCCUACUGCACCAAAGUGGUUUCAUUUUGAAGGCCGUAUACCGGAUGUCACCCUACAAUGCAUACGGUACGUCCGUAAAUUAGGCCCAGAGCACAAAAUCAGUGUAGAGGUUGAGAAACCCAAUCGCGUGGGUUUGCAAGAGUUGGCAGCAGAAGCUGAUGUGGUAUUCUAUUCCAAGAGCUGGGCCCAGGGGAACGGUUUCCAGUCGCCCCAAACUUUCUUGCAGGCACAGUCGUCUUUGACACCCCAGUCAUCAAUUUUGUGCUGCACAUGGGGCGAGCAAGGUGCUGUGGGCCUCGACAAGCGCAAGAUGGCGUAUGUUCACAGUCCAGCGUCUGUGGAUGCAACUCUUCCUAUCGUUGAGUAUGUGAGAACUUCUAGUUUGUCAUCUAGCACCGAACAAUCAGCCACUUAUUGA